GUUCAAGUCCUCCGGUUUGUUUAGGUUUUGUAAGGCAUGAGAUUGCUUCCCAGAGUUUUAUUCUAAAAUUCUAUUUGAUUUAUUAUAAAUCGCUGGUUAUGGUAAACUAUAAGGGCCGGUGAGCGAUCUUUAAUCGUGCUGUUUAUUAUAAGAAGAGCGAUCCGGGUUGUUUUAGAUCAGACAUGCAUCUCAUGUGUAGGCGGUGGUUGGUGUCCACGCUGAGGGCUCACGGAGGUCAUUUCAGGGGCUUUAGUGUCUCAGCGUCCCGCAACACUGUGAUGACCGCAUGGGUCAUCGACAAAUACGGGAAAAACGAGGUGCUGAGGUUGACCAAAAACGCGCCUCUUCCGAUCGUCCACUAUCCCAAUGAAGUGAUCGUGAAGGUGCACGCUGCGGGCUUGAACCCUUUAGACAUCAGCAUGAGGGGUGGUUAUGGGGCAGCUACUAUGGCCAUGAAACGUGACCCACUAAACAUGAACCAAUCAGGCAGCGAGUUUCCUCUCAUCCUUGGGCGUGACGUGUCGGGGGAGAUCAUGGAAUGUGGGCUAGAUGUGAAGUAUUUUAAACCAGGAGAUCAGGUGUGGGCUGCCAUCCCUCCGUGGAAGCAGGGUAGUCUGGCGGAGUUUGUAGUGCUCAGUGCCAAUGAGGUGUCUCACAAGCCUAAUACUCUGAGUCAUGCUGAAGCGUCAUCGGUUCCAUACGUGGCUUGCACGGCCUGGUCUGUCAUCGUCAACACGGGAGGCUUGAACAAAGACAACAGUGCAAAGAAACGUGUUCUGAUUCUUGGAGGAUCAGGAGGGGUGGGAACCUUUGCUAUACAGAUGGUGAAGGCAUGGGGCGCUCAUGUCACUGUAACAUGUUCCCAGAAUGCCGAGCGGCUGGUGAGAGAUCUGGGUGCUGAUGAUGUUGUGGACUACACUGCUGGAUCAGUCGAAAAGCAACUACAGACUUUACAAAAGUUUGAUUUGAUUUUAGAUAAUAUUGGUGGUGAUACAGAGAAAUGGGCACUGGAUCUCUUGAAACCCUGGAAUGGAGCUAAAUAUGUUACCCUGGUCACACCAUUCCUGCAGAACACAGACCGGUUAGGCCUUGCAGACGGGAUGAUGCAGACCGGCGUCACCGUAGCAUGCAAAGUGCUGAAGCACCUUAGGAAAGGAGUGCAUUAUCGCUGGGGUUUCUUUGCUCCAAGUGGCCCUACAUUGGAUGACAUCAGUGAAAUGGUUGAUGCCGGAAAGAUCCGUCCUGUGCUGGAGGAAGUGUUCUCAUUUGCUCAGGUGCCAGAGGCCUUUCAGAAAAUGGAACAGGGCCACGCUCGUGGAAAAACUGUGGUUACCAUCACAGAGGACCUGAACGAAUAACUAUGGUAACCAAACAAAAAUCUUGUGAUGGAU